GGCACCCGCCGGCCCUCCGCAGGAUGAAGUUGGAGCCCUCGUCUUCGAUAUUGGGUCCUAUACCGUGAGAGCAGGUUAUGCUGGCGAGGACUGCCCUAAGGUGGACUUCCCCACGGCCAUCGGCAUGGUGGUGGACAGAGAGGACGGGAGCACGCUGAUGGAGAUCGAUGGUGACAAGGGCAAGCCGGGCGGCCCGGCCUACUACAUCGACACCAACGCCCUGCGCGUCCCUCGGGAGAACAUGGAGGCCAUCUCCCCCCUGAAGAACGGGAUGGUGGAAGACUGGGACGGCUUCCAGGCUAUCUUGGACCACACCUAUAAAACGCACGUCAAGUCGGAAGCCAGCCUGCACCCCGUUCUCAUGUCGGAAGCACCGUGGAAUACUAGAGCGAAGCGAGAGAAGCUGACGGAGCUGAUGUUCGAGCACUAUAACAUCCCCGCCUUCUUCCUCUGCAAGACUGCGGUUCUGACGGCAUUUGCUAAUGGCCGCUCUACUGGGCUGAUUUUGGACAGCGGAGCCACUCACACCACUGCCAUCCCAGUCCACGAUGGCUACGUCCUUCAGCAGGGCAUCGUCAAGUCCCCUCUUGCUGGAGACUUCAUCACGAUGCAGUGCAGAGAGCUCUUCCAGGAGAUGAACAUAGAGCUGGUCCCCCCCUACAUGAUCGCAUCCAAAGAAGCUGUUCGGGAAGGGUCUCCAGCCAACUGGAAGAGGAAAGAGAAGCUGCCACAGGUGACGCGGUCUUGGCACAACUACAUGUGUAACUGUGUUAUUCAAGAUUUUCAAGCUUCAGUACUUCAAGUGUCAGAUUCCACAUAUGACGAACAAGUAGCCGCACAGAUGCCGACUGUCCACUACGAGUUCCCCAAUGGCUACAACUGUGACUUUGGUGCAGAGCGGCUGAAGAUUCCGGAAGGAUUGUUUGACCCUUCUAAUGUAAAGGGCUUGUCAGGGAACACAAUGCUGGGGGUCAGCCACGUUGUCACCACUAGUGUUGGAAUGUGUGACAUCGACAUACGGCCGGGUCUCUACGGCAGUGUGAUAGUGGCAGGGGGAAACACGCUGAUCCAGAGCUUCACCGAUAGGUUGAACAGAGAGCUCUCUCAGAAGACCCCCCCAAGCAUGCGGUUGAAACUGAUUGCAAAUAAUACAACAGUGGAACGGAGGUUCAGUUCAUGGAUCGGUGGUUCCAUUCUAGCUUCUUUGGGUACCUUUCAACAGAUGUGGAUUUCCAAACAAGAGUAUGAAGAAGGCGGGAAGCAGUGCGUGGAGAGGAAAUGCCCUUGAAGUUCCGAGCCGCCACCUCCCCUGGCCCCUUGUUUCAUAGCUUUAGUAUACUCAGGAAAAGGAUGACCAUCUUUUGUAGAAUGUUUAUACAUUUUUGCAUAUUUCAAUUUUCACUUAAAUUUUUUAAGGCUUUAACUGGCUCUAUAAAUUAAAAAUGAGUUUGUGCUUUCCUUGAAAUGCACUUAUUCUUAUUACAAGCAUUUUAUAAUUUUGUAUAAAUGUCUAUUUUCUCUAAAUAUUUUGCUUUCGGUAAGAUACUUUCCAACUCUGUUUAGAAUAUUAAUUACCAGUGGGUUGGUAGAAUUGCUUUACAUUGAGUAGUAAAAGUUACUGCCUAUGCCUUUUACCUUAGGCUUACAAAAUUAAAUAAAAAUGACUGGCCACUCCAGAAAUCUA